ACAUCCCUGAAAUGAGGCUAUUAUUCAUUAUUUGAGAGCAAAAGGAGUGAGAGAUGUAUUUGGAAUGAGAACCUUUGCAGAAAUCACGAAUAUUGGAGAAUCUCUUGCAACUUGCAGGCAACGUUAUGAAAAAUGAAUACCCAUCAGUAUGCUUUAUACUGGAGGAAACACACUUUCUCAUCCCCUGCCUUGGUAUAGGCAAGAACAAGUUUUUGUCAAACACUAUUUUGUCAAAUGUUUGAGAUACAAUAGAAGAAGAAUGCAGUGGGCAAAGGACUAGAUGAUUGCUUUCUGAAAAAGCAAAGCUUAACCAACCCUGUGCCAACACAUUAUCAAGGACAAGAACCUCAAGCCAUUUGAUCCCCACUUUAAUAUCGCUGAAUGUAUUGUAUGAUGUGGAAUCUGACUGUCUGAAAGGGAUGUUUUACUUGGCAACAACAUCCAAAAAUGUAUCCAACAUGUAUGGCAGCAUGUAUCCAAAAGCUUCCAUUCAAAAUGAUUGGGGAUACUUCUCCUGUUUUGAAGAGAAGGAACUGACGCCUUUUGAAAGUGUAUUAAUGACGCACCUCAUGAUUCAGUUUCUUUGAGAAAAUGUUCUGCUUCAGCUUUUCUUCCUUCAUGGAUUCCUCAUCAUUAAAACUGGACCACGUUGCAGCAUGGGCUCUGAACAGUUUCUCUCUAUGUUCUUGUUCUCGCUCUCAAGAACAUGCAACGAAGAAGACUCAUCGAGGAUCACACGUACGCAACCAUCCACAUCACCUUCAGCGUUCCGCAAAUUGAACAAAAAAGACCAAACAAAGAAGACCAUUUCUAGGUAAGAAUAAUGUGCGAUUGUGAUUUAUUUCUUUUUUAGUUUAGUUUAGCUCUUCAGUAACCGUCAUUAAUUUUUCAGCAUCAACAAAGCAGUGAAGACCUCUUCUGAAAAUGCAGUCCCAGUUGAAAACUCAUCUUCCAAAAGCCUGGAGGGCUGUGAUUCAGAGGAAGCAUGUUUUCCUGAGAUCAACCUGAAUGCUGGGCCUUCAUCUGAGGAGGAUGACACAACCCAACUUAACAAAAGAGAUGUUCACAAGAUCACUUCGCUGUCUCGUAAAGAGGAGCCAUGUUUGUCAUCUCUCAAGUCACCAAAGAGACCUUUAUUUAACUGUCCACCUAAAGACAAAACUUUCAUUGCGGGAAAUGGCAAAAGGAAAAGAAAAGAUGACUGCAGUCAGCCUGAGGACUACGAAGAGCCUGAGAUAAGCUCAUGUUCGGAGGAAAGUGGGAACAAUCAGUCUGAUCGUGAGCGGAGUGAAAGCAAGCCACAAGUCGUUCUGUCAUUCGAACUAGAGGUUAUGAACAAGAAGAAGUUUUUGAACGAUACUCCUGAUACCUUUGAUCAAAAAUCAGAUGAUCAAAACUCCACUGCAAAAAUACCUGACCAACCAUAUGAAGUGCGUACGUCCUGGGAAGGGUGUGCGGUUCAGAAAAUUGAAAACAUUGCUGACAGGAGCAACGAAGACUUGGACUUAAACAACAACGGCACGCCCAUCAGAACAAUAAAUUUUUUCCACUAUGCCAAAAUAAUUAUUUUUAUACUUGAAUUUUGGUAUAAACAGGAGAAGCAUGAUAUCAUCUUAUCAGUUGGUAGAUUCACAAUUCGGUUGCAAGCAAGCGAUCUGUACUGUUGUCCAGUCCAAAAUGAUGAGAAAGAUGACAGAAAUCUUAAUUAUGCAACAAUGAAAACAUCAAAACAGUUCAAUAAAAAGUAUUCUGAGACAGUUUGGAACUACAUGGUGGGGAACCAUGACAAAGUUCACUCUUAUGUACAGACCCCUCAAGAUGCAAUUGCAAUAUGUGCCAUUUUGUUCUCAGAAGUGAUUAGGUAUCCUGACAUGUUUUUCCACAACAUCUUAAUGAUGGCGCAUUAUAAAUCGUGGAAUGAGUUUUGUGACUAUCAUCCCAUGGUAACAGGAGGAUCAUGGAAAAAUCAGGGAAAGACAGAAAGGUCGGAAAAGUCCAAGGUUGAAAAAAGAAAAGAUAAAAACAUUUUGUCUUGUGCUGAGAAGAUAUUAAGGGAUGAGGGAAAAAGAGACACUCUAUUCCAAGUUACCUCCACAGUUUGAAGAAGCGCCUUGGAGAACACACUCAUGCUCAUUUCUUUAUGUGCAUAAGCCAAUGAUAAUGUAAAUAUAUGUAAAUUUGGGGGCUCUGUUUGGGAAAGGCUUUUAGGGUAUGGGAGCUGAACACGCAGCAACCCUCACCCAAAUAGGGCCCCCCAAUUUAUACUUUUCAUAAUGUUUAUUUA